AUGAGUCCAGGCCAGGGCGCCGGCGGCGACGCGCGGAAGGGCUGCCGGACGGGCGGCGUCAGCGGCGCGGGGCGCCUCGCGACGGCAGCCGGGGCCUGGGCGGUGAGCGCGCUGUGCCUGCUGCUCUCCGUCGGCUCGGCGGUCGCCUGCCUGCUGCUGGGCGUCCAGGCGGCCGCGCUGCAGGGCCGGGUGGCGGCGCUCGAGGAAGAGCGGGAGCUGCUGUGGCGCGCGGGGUCGCCCGACACCCUGGUCGCCUGGGCCGAGCCUCAACUGGAGCGCCUGCUGCGCGAGAAGAUGGAGGGACCAGUCAAGCUCCGGACAGUUCGAGAAGCACCGACGGACUGUGUCUGUCCCCCAGGCCCCCCUGGACGGCGUGGCAAACCUGGAAGAAGAGGCGAUCCCGGUCCUCCCGGGCAAUCAGGACGAGAUGGCUACCCGGGGCCACUGGGUCUGGAUGGCAAGCCCGGACUUCCAGGCCCCAAAGGAGAAAAGGGUACACCAGGAGACUUUGGCCCCCGGGGAGAUCAAGGGCAAGAUGGAGCUGCUGGGCCUCCAGGACCCCCAGGACCCCCUGGGGCCCGGGGCCCUCCUGGCGACACUGGGAAAGAUGGCCCCAGGGGAGCACCAGGCCCAGUGGGUGCCAAAGGAGAAGCUGGACAAGAUGGCGAGACGGGCCUGAGUGGACCCCCAGGGCCCAAGGGUGAGCCCAGUGUUCCUGGAAAGAAGAUGUGGGGGGAUGAUGGGACACCAGGCCAGCCGGGGCUCCCAGGACCCUCAGGGCCCAAGGGCAAGCCAGGGAACGCAGGGCCCUGGGGAGAGAAUGGCGUGGACAGAGCCCCGGGGCCCAAGGGGGAGCCCGGCCAGCCUGGCGCCGAUGGAGCCACAGGGCCGCGGGGUCCCCCAGGCCUCAAGGGUGAGCAAGGAGACACGGUGGUAAUUGACUACGAUGGCAGGAUCUUGGAUGCCCUUAUGGGUCCUCCUGGGCCACAGGGGCCCCCCGGGCCACCAGGGAUCCCCGGAGCCAAGGGCGAACUUGGAUUGCCUGGUGCUCCAGGAAUCGACGGAGAGAAGGGUCCCAAAGGACAGAAAGGAGACCCAGGAGAAGCCGGGCCGAUAGGACCCAAAGGGGAAGCAGGAGAGAUGGGCCUGUCAGGCCUCCCGGGUGCCGACGGCCCCAAGGGGGAGAAGGGAGAUCCGGCAUCUGACGACCUACAGGAGAGCCUGGCCCAGAUCAUAGUGGAACCAGGGCCCCCAGGGCCCCCUGGUCCCCCAGGCCCCAUGGGCCUUCAGGGAAUCCAGGGUCCCAAGGGCUUGGAUGGAGCAAAGGGAGAGAAGGGCAUGUCGGGUGAGAGAGGACCCAGUGGCCUGCCUGGACCAGCUGGCCCGCCAGGCCUUAUUGGGCUGCCAGGAACCAAAGGAGAGAAGGGCAGACCCGGGGAGCCAGGACUAGAUGGUUUCCCUGGACCUCGAGGAGAGAAAGGCGACCGGAGCGAGCGUGGAGAGAAGGGGGAGCGCGGUGUCCCCGGUCGGAAAGGAAUGAAAGGCCAGAAGGGCGAGCCGGGACCCCCAGGCCUGGACCAGCCAUGUCCAGUGGGCCCUGAUGGGCUGCCCGUGCCUGGCUGCUGGCAUAAGUGAUCCCAAGCACGCAUCUCACAACCUGUACAGAUCCGUGUGGACAUUUUUAAUUUUUGUAAAAACAAAACAGUAAUAUAUUGAUCUUUUUUCACGGGAUGCACCACCAUACCUGUGGCCUUUUGACAUUUGAGAGUGUGCCCAGCCCAGCCCCAGAAUGAUCAACAUGUGAAGCUUCCAGGAAAGUAGACAGGCCCCCUGGGGGCAAUGUGUACUUGAGGGGCACCCUCAGGACUUGGCUUUCCCAGGAAGGAGAUGAAGGUGAAAGUGCCUGGCGCAGGAGAGGCUGCAAAGAUGCCAGGUUGGGCCUUCAGUCACCUGAUUAGCAGAGACUCUGGCUGUCCUGCGA